UUUGUUCAUAUAUUGUUUCGAUAUUGCUAAUUGUCAACACGAUAUAGUUUGUCUAUAAAAAAAACGUUUUUAAUUAAGAUUUAUUCACGAAAAUGCGUGCACACAUGCUGUUACUUUGAAAGAAAAUGGAAGAAAUUGAAUACUUGGAGGAAUACGAAGACAUAGUUUUACAGCCGGGUCCGGCUAGCAAUUCUGCAGGAACUUCUGCGACAAAUGCAAAGAUUGACAACGAUGAAGGUUCAUCGUCCUCUCUAGACCAGGAUAUAUUCAACAUCUUAUUUGAUAACCAUUCAGACGAUGACAAUGAUGACCAACCACAGGCACGCAGAAAUGAAGAGUUGAACACAAACAGUAAAGUUGUUAGCAGAGCUUCGGUAGACUCCAUCGAUUUGCUAAAUGAUUUAGGUGAACAAGUUGCUAAAGAAUUUGAAGAUAAGGGUAAUAUUGCUGGACCAUCGACCAAGAAAACUUUAAAUAGCCAGAAAAAACUAUCUACAAUCGCAAAAUUGCAAAGAGGUUGUGUUGUAAAGAAAGGAGGAAAUUCGGCAUUGUCAACUAAAGCGCAAAGUACAGCUGGAGGUGUACAAAGGAAUUUGACGGAUGCAAAAGGGCCAUCAAGCACAAAUGCACUAUCCAAAAGUUAUAUAAAUAGGUCUUCAUUACCUGUGCGUACUUAUCAAUCAUUAACAUCGAAGACAAUUCAAGUAAAGGGAAUCGCUGGAUCGCCGACAUUAAAAGACCCUACAGUCAAACGACGACCUGCUACGAUUAUUAAGCCAGAAAAAAUUGUUUCAAAGGACCCACCAGAAGAUCCUUUAAACUUAGACGACCAUUCAUCUUCCGGUUACACCCUCUCUGACGUAUCCGGUGAAACGUAUAAUAGCAUUAGCGAAUUUGACGACGACGAAAAUUUCAACAGCAAUAUUGACAAUUUAGACAACGAAUCCAGCAACUCCCAAGUUAUUGAUAUAUCGAAUGACUCCAGCGGAUCCCGUUCACAGUUUGAAGAUUUACGUGUAUCAACACCAUCUCCAGUGAUUUCGGAAGAUCGUGAUUUAAGUUACUUACCGGGUGAACCAAAACGAAGUUCGCCCAAAUUUAUGGCUAAUCAUGAGAUUAUAAAAAGCCUUCUGAACAAGGGAGAAAAACCAAAAUUAUUGCAGCUUCUAAACGAGCAUGAUAAAGCGGACAUAAAGGAGAAGUGUUGUUCGUUGUCUACAGAGAUUUCGAGUAAAGAUUUAUGUGAGCAAAAAGACGUACCAAAAGCUAUGAACCGGGAUAUGGAAUCGCCAGGAACUAUGUCUCAUGACUCUUACUUUUCCGUAGUGAACGAGAUGUUGGAGGAGUCCUACGCAGAAGCUAUGAAAAAUAGCAGACAUGAUGGUUUACCAAAUCAAGAAGUUGGGGCUGAAAUGGAAAUAGAAAAUGAGAAUGAUUCAGACCGUAAAGAUGACCGAGUAGCAGACAAUACAACAGAAAUAAGCAGAGAAGAAGAAGAAACAGAAAAGCCCAAACAACUACAUGAAAUAGAAAAGUUUGUGGACGAUGAGCAUGGCUUUCAGGGAUUUCAAGAUAGUACUGCCGGUAAUAACGAAAUAGAUAAGGCAGCCUUAGCCGUCGUACAUAAAUAUACCGCCUCGGUCGAAAAUAAGAUCAAUCCAACUACCAAGAGUAAAUGUGUUACUAGUGAUGUACCAACUACUUCGCAACUCACCGAGUUUCCGACAGCGGCCUCCAAAAUAUUAAAAGGAAAAUGUUCAACAAAAACCAUCUCACAAGAUAAGAGAUCGGCUGAAAAAGGUAAAGAAUCAUUGAAAAAAAAUAUAGAAAUACAACUCACGGAGUUUCCGACAGUGGCCUCCAAAAUAUUAAAAGAAAAAUGUUCAACAAAAACCAUCUCACAAGAUAAAAGAUCGGCUGACCAAGGUAAAGAAUCAUUGAUAAGAAAUACAGUUGAAUUUCAGCGAGGACCAAUAAGAAAUCCGUUUGUUCAAAGAACACAUAAACAAAGUAGUAGGGAAACAAUUCCGAAAGCAAUUUCUAAAGACAACUCUCAAGAACGCUCGCAUUGUGGAAGCCAGCCUCAAUAUAACAACAAAAAGGAGCAGUUAAAUUCGAAAAAUCAGCCAAAAACAUCAACUGAUAAUAUAAAAAAAAGCAAAUCCGAUGAAAGUCUACAUUAUGAAAGAAAAUUAAAUACUUCAUUGGGAACGGUCAGGAGCGAAAGUGACAGAAAAGAAUUAAAAAACAAAACCGUUGCAGAAGAAAAGGACAAAAUUUUAACAGAAGCACCUCGCAAGGCCGUUUUCUAUGAAUGUAAGAAAAACUCCCAAAAAACCAAUUCCCAUGAAAAACUAAUGAGCGAUGAAGAAAAAUAUAAAUCCGACAUCUUGCAUUCGCAAGAUAAGAUUUCAAAAUCCGCAUCUAAAGAUCACUCUCAAACCUUGAAUGUUAAAUAUGAAAGUUCAGGAAAGGAAGCUAUGCAACGCAUUUUGGAAGCUAAAGUCACAGUUUCUCUUCAACGCAUAGAAGUAGAAAAAAAUGCAAAAAUGAAAGCAUCAACGCAUGAAAAACAAAAUAAAGCUGGGUCUAAUAACAAAAAACUCCCGCAAAAGGAAACAGAAACUUCACAAACUAAGACACCGUCAACAAAAAUUCCAGAAGAAACCAGUGAUAACGAAAUGAAAACAAUUGACACUGCGAAUGUGUCUCAUAAAGUAUAUGAGCCAAACCAAGGCGAAGAUAUAGAAUUUAAACCUAGUACAAAAACAAAAACUACAACAGAUAAUCCACAAAAUGACCAUCAAAGAGAAGUAGACGAUAAAAAAAUAGCUACAAAAGAUGCAGAACAAAAAAGUUCAAAGAGCGAAACUAAAACAGUUAAAGAACCAAAAAGGGUAGAACUAGUUUCAGUGCAUUCUGAUAAGGGAUAUAAUGUAUAUGAUACAAAAUGUGAUCCAAAUAAAACAAAACCAUCUAAGAAGGAAAGCGAAAGAGAAAAAGGUCUUCAGAGAAAAGAUACGGAUUUGAAAGCUAAAAUCGAUAUUGCAUCUAAAACGCACAAAACGUACUUGGAAGGAUUAAAAGAGGAAAGAAACAUUGCAAAUGAAGACGUGAGUUCUUUGAAGUAUACUUCCAUUGAAGCGGACUCCAUAAAGUGUGUAAUAAAUAAAGAAAUUGCAAUUAGAGGCGAUAAAAAAACACCGCAUAGUACGAUAGCUCAUAACGAAGAGAACAAUAUGUCGUCUACCUUGAACCCAAAAUCUUCCGCAGGAGAACAAGCAACAUCAAAGAUAGAUGUUAGCCUAGUUGAAAAAGAAGAAAAUAAACCUGAAAAUGUAGAAAUAAAAUUUAAAAACGUCAUGCCCAACAACAAUCAAAACGUAUCAAGCAUGAAAGAGCUUGCAGCACAAGAUGCAAAUAGCAAACGUAGUGUUGUAAAUACGGAACAACUUUUUGCAAAACAAUCGCCUUGUACGAAGGUCAUUGGCGAAGGAAAAACAAUCGCGAGUAAUGGUGACAAAGUAUCAAAAAACAACAAAGACCAAUGCAAGGCAAGAUCAAAUGAGAAUCCAUUUGAAAACAAAAACAAAGUAAAUAUUACUCCACCAAGAUCAUCAAAACAGUCUCCUAAAACCGACAAAAGUUUGCCAAAAGACGACGAAUUGAAAGACCAACGUUUAAAUACGAAUAAGGGCGAUAUAACACGAAAGGAUAAAAAAGAGGAUGAGUGUGAAGCUGAAAAUAAAAAUAAAAAAAAUAAUUCGCCAGAAGUAAUAGCUAAAACGCCUACUCAAUUGCAAGAAGAUGACAACGGAACCCACAGUCCAAGAAAACAAAUGCGAAAAACUCGAGGAGUCAAGAAUUGCUCGGAAGCCAGUACUGAUGAAAACAUUUCCAAAUUAUUAGAAGAAGAACGUUUAUCAAUACAAACUCAACGGUUUGCGAGAAAAACUAGAAAUUCCACUCCAACAUGUGAUAACUUAGAAAAGGAAUUUCAAAGUAAUCAAACAGAGGGUUUAUCAGAACUAUCAAAUGCAAGGGCGCCUACACCGUGUGCAUCAGCAAAAGAAGAUAAUCAAUCAACUAAGAAAUCCCGGUCUACUGUGGAUAAAAGCAAUGACGACCAUAAGCAAAAACAAAAGCUAACGAAAAAUGAAAAUUUAGCUGACAUCACGAGUCAGUCGACAAUAACCACAAUUAAAAGUUCUUGCGGCAAAGAUGAUAAGGAAAGAACCUUUUGGAAUAGUGUGCCAAAAGAAAAUCUCUCCAAUAAUUUAGCAUUAAAAAGUGGAACGAAUUUAAAAGAUGGUGAUUCAUUUUCAUUCAAAACAAAUUCACCUGACAUAAAAACUAAAAUUGCCAUUCAACAAGAAACAACGCAAGAAGCUGUGGAAGCUAUAAAACAAGAUGAGGGUCAUUCCGAUAGUGAUGGAAAUACACUAAUCUCAUGUAAUGCUCGAACAUCUUCCACGAUAUCUCUAUCUUCCAAAGAAGAUUUCAAUAGAGCACAAGGAAAGUCAAAAAAAGAAAUUAAACAAACAAUGGCGCCACAAGCCGCUUUAUCAGAUGCCGCUGAUAAGGUAGAAGUUCCAGUUACUGCAAACCAUUCCCGAAACAUAUUUGACAACUGUUCAAAGACCGUAGAUGCAGUGCCCCUCAUUUGCAAAGAAAUGCAGAAAUCAUUGGCUUGCUCCGAAAGUUCUGACAUUUCUGUACAUCAGGAUGUUUCAAAAAGCGAAACCAGUAGUUCGAGGAAUGCACCGUUACAUGAUUUGCGGGAAGAGAAAAAGCGGAUGGUACAAACUACGACGAAAUGUGUGCGGGAAAAUUUGUCUGCAAUUAAAAACAAACCCAUAAUCGAUCGUGGGCGGUCCCUGAGAAAUAGAGAAAUGGAAACUAAUUUCUCAACAGAUGGUUUAGUCGAAAUGAAUUCAUUUAAACAACCAAAAAGGGAGAUCUCGCCGAAGUCGGAAUAUACAUUGAAACGAAAACUACGCUCUCCAGCGUUGGACACUCUUUCGCAAUCAUCUAAUUCAAAACGUCAAAAAAAUGAGUCAUCCCGAAAUCGGGAUUCGAAUUCAGCUGUCGUUUACACACCAUCCAUUGAGGGUUCUAAAACUAUUUCUUCGACAACGAGAUUUUCCACGAAAGCGUCUGAUUUUUCAUCACAUGGCACACCAAAGAGACAGGCUGAGGAACUGCAAACCCAAUCUGUUUGUGAAAAUGUCUCAAUUUCCUUUGAACAUUUGGGCGGUGUUUCUAAUGUAAAGACUCCGGAUAUAAUUCAGAAACAAGCAUCCGAAAUCCAAGCACCUGUUAUGGCUACUCUUUCGGUAAAUUCAAAAAGAUUAAGAAACAUUCAAAAGUCAAGGGAAAAGGUCUGCCCAAACAAAACUUCGGUUGUCCCUGACAAAAGACGGCCCAAAAUCUCUCCCGAGAAAUCUCCGAAUUCAACUAAAGUAUUGUCAUUUGCCGAAUGGCUUGAAACUAACGGUCGAAAAGAUUUCACUCAAGAAUCUCAAACUAUUGAAGAACGCAAUAAAUUUCGUAGACGCCAAAAUAAAUCCAUGGGUAAUCUUCAACAGCCUGAUUCAAAAACAAAAUAUUACAAACACGAUUUUGUUGCAAAACAGGCAUUACAAUUGCCAACGGAGCAAACAACAGUUAGAAAUAAUAUUACCAUUACCAACGCAGAAGACGUUGAUCUGAAAGGCCAAGACGACGAAAAUGUUAGUACAUUGACACGCACAGAAAAUAUACCCGUAAGGCGCGGUGUAACGAAAAAUCUCUUCGAAACUUCACACACCAAACCAGAUGUUCACCCGAAGCAGAGUUUGGAACACAAGGACAGUGUAUCAGUAGGAGAAGUGAGGCAGAAUUUGCAGGACAGUAGUCGCAGUGCUAAAAAUUGCGAGGAAGUAAAGAGCUGUUUAAUAAAAACUUCAAGUACUCGUACUUGUCCCAAAAUUAAAAAAAGGAGGGUAGCGGGCAUAGGACGUAAAACGAAACGAAAUAUUAGAGUAAAAAGAAAAGACAUUUUGGUACGAGCCUUACCUUCGAUGAAACAUGAAAAAGUUAAGGGGAAAAGGACAGAAAUUGACAUAUUAAUAGAGUCAAUGUCUAAGGAAAUGAAGGAUGGGGGCAUUGAAGAUUUAUUGAAUACCAGCAAUAUUGUAAAGCGGCAACGAAUAUCUACAAAACGGAGAUGCGCAAUUGAUUCAGGUAAGUCUGCGGAAGAGACUACUUGUGCUGAAGCAAAUACAAAUCUUAUAUCCACGAAAGAGUCACCCCGAAAGUCCCCAGUAAAGAAUUGUUCACCGCAAGGAAAACAUAGGAAAUCUGCUCUUCUUAAGAGUUCCGCAAAUGAAUCAUUUUUAAUGGAGGCUGAAAAGGCAUUAAUAGAUGAAAUAGAGAUCAAAAACAUGAACACGUGUUUCUUGCAACCAAUGCCAAGCGGCCAACAGAAAAAUAUCCAUAGAAACAAGAAUGUUAACAAAUUUCAAUUUAAGGCGCCCCAUCCUCCACAAGCUACAAUUUUGCAAUUUGCAAAUGCUCCAAGUAAAUCUUCAUCUUCAGAACGUAUUUCGCAUAUAAAUGAAAAUAUAAGCGAUAAAGGUGACGUUGACAAAAUUGAAAUCAGUCCAAGUUCUAAGUUUGUGCCUCCAAUGAUGUGUCGUAAAUUCAGAGUACGGUUGAAUAGUAGUUUCGUAAGAAAAUACUGGCAAAUACUAAAGAAAGAGGGCCAAAUUAAAACACAGCCACACUCAACACACUUGACCAAGUCGGAUACCUUAAGAAAUUUUAAAAAUGCUCGAAAAUUACAUGAUGCUACAUCGCUAUCCAUUUCGAAGAAUAAAGAAAUCGGCAGAAAUAAAAUUUCUUUUGGUCUAGAAGAAGCUGUUGGCCUAAACCAGGUGCCGAAUCUUCAAAGUCGUAAAGUCAGUGCAAAGAAAGAUUACAAAAAAGACAUUGCAAUUAGAAAAGAAUCUAUCACACCAUCCACAAAUGAUUUAGGACACUCUGUUGAUUUAUUUAAAGAAGGCAGACAAAGUGUGCGAAAUAUCCAAUCGCUUUCUCCAAAUUUUGAACCUUCAGAUAGUGUUAAAACAGUUAGCAGUGCUUUACCGGAAUCAGUCAAUAAACAACCUGUAAGCAGUGUCAGCGAACAAGCUUUGCCCGUAGAGUUAAAAAAUGAAUUUAUUGAUGAAAAUCCCACCAAUAUGGAUGACGCUAUACUUCCUGACACACCAACGUUAAUGGCUAGGGCUCAGUCUAUAACACAAGCUGCAGCAAGCGCCCUUUCAAAUACAAUAAUGCCAACAGAUAUAAGGCUGUUGACAAAUGACCCUUCAUCAACGACAAACACAUAUGUCCCAUCAUUUGGUGUGUCGCCAACUUUGGUUGAUUCCAAAGGAACAAGGAUGUAUACGUUUUUACAUCCUGCCAAGUACAGCCGAAAUCACGGCAAUGUCCUACUAGACUUCUGCUGUCCCAAUUUGGAUGGUCCAAUGCCUGCUAUUGAUCCCACAAGAAUACAUGCUCAGGUGCAAACACCAGUGAUAGAACUGCCAUCAUUCAUUGUGUUGACAACAAAAGUAGUAACUCGUGCCGAAUUGGAAAGCAACUCUUCAGUCAUUCCCGCAAUUAUUAGGAAGAAAGCAGAGAAGUUGAGAAACAGCAUAGCCCUUCAUCAAAAUACAUCUGCACCCCCGCACAUUCAAGCAAAAGCUAUAAUGUCUGUACCACAGACGUUAUUGCCACCACAUACCCGUUCCCCUGUGGCAAUUACUAUGGGAACUCCACAAAUCAAUACCACUGAAAACCAAUUGUCGCCGACCGUGAAUGCACUAACGAAGUAUUUACCUUCUACUACCACAAUAACUCCUAAAUUAUGCUCCUCCUUACCACAAUCGACUUUUGCCGUGCAUCAUUCAUGUUCCCCUAAUACUAACCUAAUAUCACCGAUAACUGUAGUACCAAACUCGUCAGCUAUGUUAAAUGAGAUGCAAAUAAAUUUGUUGCGUUCGAAUCUUAGGCGUUUCGAUGUAAUUUUUAAAAAGUUAGUUCAACCUUUCGACAAGCUGAACUUUGCCGAACGGCACCAAAUUAUCGAUAAUUUAGUAUCUAUCGGAAAAUUUCUGCCAAAAGAUUUGGAGCGAACCAUAGUUUUGAUGGAGGAGUAUCUUAAACAAAUAAACAAAUUGCAUGAACCGCAAAUUUCUUCUUUGAACAACUAUGCCAUGCCCAUAGCCGAAACACUACCAACAUUGCCUAUUAUGCAAAUGCCGCCUUUGCAGCCAUCUCCUCAAAUUGCAUCAAGUCAACAAAUUUUUAAUAGCACCACUUCCCGGAAACAAGUCGAUCAUCCAGAGACUAAUAAAGCAAGAAGGGUUGAGUCCACACAAAAAAAUAAUACUACUACGGGAAAACAACGGCAAGUGCCAAUUUAUGAUACUGAGCGAAACAUUAUUGGCUACCAACUGCAAGUCAUUGCCCCCCCGCAAUCAACGGUACCGUCUCACACAAAGCCGACAAUGUCACCAACAACAUCGAAGGCGGUUGUUUCCUCAACUUCAUUAGAUUCAGCCAACCGUAAUCAGAAGAAACCUGUCAAAAGACCCGCCAAUGAUUCUCCCCGUAUAUUUUAUGCUUCGCAACCAUUAAAAGCGUCCACACCAAAAAUAAGCUUAAAUUCGCCUACAUAUUCUUCAAAAACUCUGACGCAAGAUAAUUCAUACGAAAAAUCGCAUCAAGGACAUAUUGUAACCACUGUUCGCUCUGCUGGCCCAUCUGCGGGAACGGAAACAAUAACAACAACGACAACAUUGGCGACAGUAAAACGUAUUACGCGUAGUCGUGCUGCCGGUUCAAAAAUUAUUAUAGUGUCUAGGUCGAACUCCAAUGAGGAAUCCAUAUUACCCGAUAUCAACCAGCAAACAGAAAUAAAGAACGAGAAGGACAUCGAUUUCGUGGCAUAAUCGUUUACAGAUCAAACACGAAUUUGGUCUCUACACUACUUGAAAAACAACCAACAAACGAAUUGUCACAAAUCGUUUGUUAUUGGCUUAUUCCGUAGUGAAAAACUUCAAAUAAUUUACAAUUUUAGUUUUAAUUGCUAACUAUGGUAUCCUCCACACGGUCUUGAAUCGCACUUUAAAAGAUUUUAAUUUACAUAAUAAAAGGAAAAAAUGCUAUCGCAGGGGUAGCACAUACAAAUAUCCCAAUCUGAUAGAAAAUACACGUAAACAUAGGUAUCUGUUAUCCAAAAAGUAUGAAUUUGGUAAAAAAAAAAAUAAAUUUGAACGUUUUUAUAUACUUAUACAUACGUAUACAUAUAUACAUUAACAAUAUUUUAAGUAUGUUUAUAGUUAUUUUUCAAUGAAUUACAACUAAUCUUAUGUAAAUAGUAAAAAUGUUUAUGUAUAACAAACCUAAAUUGUUGCAGCAUUAUAUUUACGUAAUGUUAACAUUUACUUAAAUUUAAGUAAAGAAAAUUAAACUUUUGAAGUAAUAAACGAUCGUAAAAUCAACAUGCGUACUCCUCGAACAACGCAUUAAGGAUAGAA